CCAACAGGAAUACGUUAUGCCUGGCGCUCACCGGGGCGUUGGUUAGACCCAGGCCCGAGCCCACCAAACCAUGCCCGACGGGAGACCACCCUUCCCGGCCUGCUUGUCGGGACGUCCCGCGCCUGGAGGUUUUUGCCCGACACCCACAAUCUCUGACCUGCCAUCAGGUUUUCGGGGAAGGCGAAGAAAUAUGGACUUAGUCUCUGACAGUCCAGUCGCCAGACCCCACGGUGACUGAUCGAUAGGAGCUAGUGUGGCGCCCCAGGGGCCAGGCCCCCACCCAGGCCCCCCAAAGCACCAAUGGGGUCGGCCUCUAUGGGUGUGGCAGAUCCUCCCCGUCCUGGGCGCUCUGUCAGGGAGGCGUGGGGGUGUCCCUCCGCACACAGCGCCCCCCCUUCCCGCCCCGAUCUGUGGGUAAAGGACCCAGAUGGCCCGUCUGGCUAAAUGACCCAGAGCUUGUCUGCUGCUCAGCCUGCCCGCCAGCCCGCCCCCCUGGACUCCGUUUCCCCCGCGCCGAUACUCGGCCCGUGCCCCCGCCCCACGCCCCUCGCCCUGCGAGGGCUGGGGGAUGUUCGGUGGGUUCGGUCGAGUCACCCGGCGUGGUGAAUCGAGGCCCCAGGGGCAGCGUAGGGAACGAGCUGGUGUGGGCUUCGAUUCUACCCCCGCCCGAGUGUGUGCGUCUGCAUCCCGUCCGUCCGCCCGCAACGCCGCCCACCCCCUGGGUUUAUCCUUGCUGGCUCCCGGCUGACCCCCACCCCGCCUACCCUGCUCCCGGGGGAGUGAGGGUGGUUGGUUGGGAGGGGAAGCUAGUGGACUCCGGCGAGGUGAAACGUGCCAGGGUCAGUGGUGCCGGGGUUACGGGCUGUCUGGACUCCCCUUUCGAUGGUUGGUGCGUAUUCCAUGUUGGUUGUAGCAGGUCACAAAAGCUCCCGCGGCUGGCGCGUGUGGAGCUGUCCCCCCCCCCCAAUGGGGCUCAAACAAUCCCCGUUUUGGGGUGGAAAAAGUGAACGUGAAUGGCUGUGGAAAAGCUCCCGCUGGCCAGAACAGCAAAAUGAAGGGGGGAUAGGGAGUGAGGUGGGACACCCCUUCCCCAACUCGAGUCGUGACAAGAGAGAGAGGUGUCGAACCGCUGACCGGGGCAACGAUGAAGGGGCGGUGGGGUGCAUUGUUUAACGGGACACCCCCUCUGGUUCCUUUGAAAAGGGGGGAAGGGAGUGAGGUGGACACCCCUCUCCCCCCUACUUGAGAAGUCGUAACAAUAUAAGGCUUGAACCGAAUGGAUCUCCGUAGGGCAUCAGCUUACACCUCCUGGUGCGGGGGGGGUGUCCUUCCCCUUUAAGAAAUACGGGUGCACCAACGUCAUGACGCGGAAGUGGACGCCGCCUCCGGCCGCUUAUUAACCGCCGCACGUGGCGUGCGGGCCCCUUUCCCCCUCUGCAUUGGCUCUAGCACGGUCAUGGCUGAAUGUGCCCUAUGCUUCAACGUCUACAGCCGGCUUGCGCCUCACCUGACGGCCGUUCACAAGGUGGCCAACUCGGACGAGAAGCGGCUGCUUCUCGCGCUGGCCGCCGGCCGCGUGGACACGCGGAAGACACCGUGCCCGGUCCCGGGAUGUCGCCGGACGCCAGCCCGCCUAGACAGGCACUUGAGGCAGCACGCGGAGCUCUCGACCUCGGGAAGGAAAGAGGCUAUGGGGAGGGCGAAACGCCGGAAAGUAGCUCGGGAGUUGCAGUGACUGCGGUCCACCCAGCCUGCAAUCCCCGUCGUGUCCCAGCUAGCAUCGUCCUCCGAGGGGGAGCGGGACUCGGAGGACCCAGAGGCCGGCCGCCCGUGCGCCGACCGCGGCUGCAGGCGCGCCACCGAGCGCAUACAGGCUCAGCUCACGGACCUGGGGAAACAGGUUACCAAGAUGCGGUCCACCCUGCUCCAAAUCACACGCCUCUACCGGGAGCUAAGGAAGGGAGAAGGGGGGAGAAGGAGGAGGAAGAGGGCCAGGAGAACCAGGUCGCCUCCUGCACCACCGCCUCCCGGGCGAGGGGCGGCCGGAGGUCCGACGCCCCCCGAGCCUCCGGAGGCUUUGGAGCCCACUGCCUACCCGUUCCCGGACCACGUCCCCGCGCUGAACCUUCUCUUGGGGGAGUUCGAAGGGUACCAACUGGGCAGCGAGCCCACCCCCCGCCUGCGGAACAACGUCACUUCGAAGCUGGGGAGAAUCAAAGCCUUCCUUGGUUACAUGGCCAGGGGCACCGCGGAGCCAGGGGACUUCCUCUUCCUCAACCAACCAGCCCGAAUCCGAGCGUGGGCCGCCCGGCUAGGUCAGACGCGCAUGGCCGAGCCCACCAGGCAGCACUACCUGAAGAACGUGGCUCAGUUCCUAGACUACCUCUCGGAGACGCCGCCGGCCGCCUGUCAGCUCUCCAGCACGGCUCUGGUUCUGAUUCGAAGGGAGGUCAGAGCCCUCAUCCGCGGCAUACGCCGGCGUGUCGUCGUGCACGAGGUAAGGACCAAGCAGGCGAAGGAAAGCCGACUGAUCCCCAAGGCCAGCCUGGUGCGCUGUCACCGGACCGCUGGGAGGAAAAUUCCCGCCCUGCUAAGUAAGCAAGCCCUUCCGCCGUUCCAGCGAUUCCCCCUGUUCGUUCUU